AUGGAAGCAGUUGUAGCCCAAAAAUUAAAACACAAAAAACCAAUCAGUAAGACAAAGCUUAAGAAAACAAUAAAGAAUAUUGUAUGCCGCCCUGAUCCUGUAAACUGGCUGUUAGCAUCAAAAGAAGAACAUUUAAGACUAGAAACAACUCUUCAGAAAUAUAGGGUGACUUUACCCGAGUUCAAAAAACCUCACUGGAACGAUAUUAAGGAUUUACCCAAGGAAAAAAGACCUAGACCAACUCCAUGCAAAAGAGUGGAAGGUCUAAUAUUUGGCUUAUCAGAAUGUCAAGAAUCUCUUAAAAACGGACUUUGUUCAGGUAUCCUAAUUGAAUCAGAUGUGAAUCCAAAAUUGUUAGUGGAGCCAAUAAUUGAAGAUUGCUGUUCCAAUUUAAUACCAUAUAUUUGUUUAAGUGGCCUCAGAAAAACAAGUGCAGUGAAUUUUGGGAUUUCUACUAGUUGUCUGGGUAUCCAAAAAGGGUUCUUGUCGGACAUACAAAAUGAGGUCCAAGUAAUUUUCAAUCAGAAGUAUAAUAAUAAACCAGAAGUAAAAAAUAUAGUUAACAAUGAAAAAGAAAUUACUGAAACACCAAUGAUUGUUGAAAAUGUGAAAGAAAUUAAAAUAUAUCCAUAUUUAUAUAGGAAAAGCAAGAAGGAAAGAGUUUUCAAACCUUCAGAGUCCCAAGCAGUGCAAACUGUCACUGAAAAGUUGACUGGGCAAAACUUUAUUGGGAUUUCAGAAAAUAAGAAAAACGAUAGUAAAUCUUAUAUGAAUAUGAUUCUAAAAAGAAUGUCUAAUAAUCCUAACAGAGUAAAACUAAAAAAAUAA